CAAACGAAAAGGGCAACGGACCUGAUGAUGAUAAGUGGCGGAUUCCAACGUAAAGAAGUAACUAGAUUUGAGGAGUGCGUUUGACGUCCGUGGUUCCUUUUUUUUUUGUUUCCUUCGUUGCAAUUUCCAACACCAAACCACACAUCAAAUAUUAGACUGUCUUGUCUCUCCCAGUCCCUAGAGUGAGCGAGAGAAGGAAAAAAGAAAAAAAAAAAAGAAAGAGAGAAAGUCAAGGGAAAAAAAAUGGGAAGAUCCACUUCCUGUUUGAAAAUCAUCACUUGCGGCAGCGAUUCUGCCGAAAACGACGAAGCUAUUGAUGUUCCUGAGAACAAGAGAUCAAGUGACAAAAAAGGAUGGAGUUUCCGAAAGAGAUCGGAACGGCAUCGGGUGCUUAGCAACACUGUGAUACAAGAAUCUGCUUCUGGACUUAAGGAAAGCCCAGAAUCUGCUGGUUUUAAUUUUCAACAGCCAGAUGUGUCCAUCGCUCCUGAGAAAACCUCCACCAUUGAAUAUACUGAAGAGAAACCUCAGUUGCUGACACCGAAAGAGUUCAUUGAAGAAAAACCUGAGUUGCUGGCACCGAAAGAGUACACUGAAGAAAAAUCUGAAUUGCUGGCACCAAAAGAGUAUGCAGAAGAAAAAUCUCAGUUGCUGACACCAAUAGAAUACACUGAAGAAAAAUCUCAGUUGUUGACCCCAGAGGACUCAAAAGUGCCCGAACCUGUUGCUGCCACAACAAAAGAGGCUGAAGAUGAUACCAACCUGGAUGAAUCUGUUGUUGUUAUCAUCCAGACUGCUAUCAGAGGGUUCUUGGCACGGAAAGAGCUAGGAAAGCUUAAGAAUUUAGUAAAGUUGCAGGCUGCUGUACGCGGGCACUUGGUUCGAAGGCAUGCUGUGGGGACCUUACGGUGUGUUCAAGCCAUUGUCAAAAUGCAAGUUCUUGUUCGUGCACGUCGUGCUCGUAUAUCUCAAGUAGGGUCUUAUGCCGAAAAGAAGCUGGAUGGCAAUCAAAGUUUGCAGGGAAGCCCAGCAACAAAACAAAAUGCAACUUACGCUUCCGCCGAGAAGCUACUUAGCAAUAGGUUUGCUCGUCAGCUGAUGGAUUCAACACCGAAGACCAAACCUAUCCACAUCAAGUGUGAUUCAUCAAAACCUAAUUCUGCUUGGAGCUGGUUGGAGAGGUGGAUGUCUGUGUCAUCAUCCGGAAAGUUAGCAACAGCAGAGGUACUUAUUGAACAACCAGAAAGAGAGAAAAGUGACAAUUGUGACUCUCCAGUUGAUGCUACAACUCCAUCUGAAGCUAGAUGUGAGUCAAAUGAACCAAAGUCUGAUGUAAGGGAGAUGUUGGUUUCAUCAGAGAGUGAAGAGAAUCUGAUCACCUACGAUGCAGCAAACUUUAAGUUUGAGGCAUGCCAGCCAACGUCUUCUUCAGUAAUGGAUGAUUUGGAGCAGCCUCAGAGUAACAACGUGAGUACAUCUGACCUGAAAGAGACCUCACAGGUUCAAACAAUGCAAUCAGAUGCACAUUCUCAAACAGAGGUCAGUUGUCUUUCUCACAAGCCUGAAAUAGAGAGUGAACAACCCAAAUCUUCUAUGAAAAGAUUUGCUUCCGAGCAACUGGAAAUGGAGGGAAAGAAAUAUGUAUAUGGAUCUAGAAAGGCAAGUAAUCCUGCAUUUGUUGCUGCACAAACAAAAUUUGAGGAGUUGAGUUCAACUGCCAAUUCAAGUAAAUCAAUUAAUUCAUCCCACCAAGAUGUUGGAGUUGAAUCAAACAUGGAUAAUGUAUCAUCUGGGGCAGAUAUGAUAAGUAGGUCAAAGGAGCUAAACAUCGCAGAAAAUCCAGUCCUCAAUAACUGGAGGGUUCAACAUGGUGGCUCUGAAUGUGGCACUGAACUUUCUGUUACUUCCACUCUUGAUUCACCUGAUAUAUCUGAAGUUGGGACCAUAGAAUAUGAACAGGGAGCCAAAGUUUCUGAGCAAGAAAAUUGCAGUUCUAUCAGCACCAAGGAUUUAGAUGUUAAAGAAAAUGAUACAAUUGCCAUCCCAGUGCCUGAUUCUUCUCUAUCUGUUGCUGAUCAGCCAGAGAAACCUGAUGAUGCUAAAGGUGAAUCUGAGAAUUUAAUUGUUGUAGACUCCCCUCAAAUAGAACAGGAGCCACUGAAGAGUACAUCUGAUCUGCAGAGAGAACGGAACUCUGAGACAGGUAAUCAAGCAUACAGGUCAUCCCCAGAAGCCUCUCCCAGGAGCCAUAUGACUGUUCCAGAAUCCCAAGGAACACCUUCUAGUCAGGUAUCAGUGAAAGCUAAAAAGAAAAAAACCAACAAGAGCAGUCAAAAGCACAAGUCUUUGUCUGCUGCCAAGGGUUCUCCAUCAACUCCAGCUCAUGAUAGUGGUGCAAGAAGUAGUAUGGAACAAUUGCCCAAAGAUCAGAAAAAUGGGAAGAGACGCAAUUCUUUUGGUUCAACAAGACCUGAGAACACUGAUCAGGAGCCAAGAGAUAGUAACAGUAGCCAUUCUCUUCCGCAUUUCAUGCAAGCGACAGAAUCUGCCAGAGCUAAGGUUAGUGCAAAUAACUCACCAAGAUCAAGUCCAGAUGUGCAAGACAGCGACAUACAUAUCAAGAAGAGACAUUCCUUACCUGGUGCUAAUGGAAGGCAGGGUUCCCCAAGAAUUCAGCGAUCAAUGUCUCAAGCACAGCAGGGUGCAAAAGGAAAUGGUACCAAUCCUCUUCAUGAGAGAAGAUGGCAAAGGUGAAUGGUUUUUUGGAGCAACCAUAUAUCAGGGUAACAUGGUAUUCAACCUAUCAGAUGGAAAAGUGGAACCGAUUGACGGUCUUACUAUCUAGUUUAUGCAUCAGCAUUUUACUACUUGAGUUGAUUCAUGCAUGCCAUCUGCGGUUUGGCAAGGGAGGAGAUAAAUAUAGAAUGGAGUAAAAAUUUUCUUGUAUAUUACUAGUACCAAAACCAUUGAUAUUAUUAUUAUUAUUAUUAUUUUUUCCUAAACUUUCUGCCUGGGAGGGUACGCUUGUGUGUUUUGUUCAACAGUGUUCGGUGUGAUGUUAUUCCGGUUUGCUCCAGCAUGUUUUGGGAUGUCUGUUCGGAGUUUGAGACAAUGACUGUAAAGUGGAGAGCUUUAGAGAAAGGCUUUGAUCAAUCUUUCCUGUAAUAACUGGGCCGUGUCUCUGUUGUUUCCUUCGGCCACACUUCCAUGACUAAUUUCUAGUUCUUUUUUCCAGUUUCAUUGAUUAAUUCUAUAAAUACGUUUUGACUUUUAAUUCUCA